GAGUCUGCCUCCUUGUGGGCGGGUCUCUUCAGAUUUACAGGAAACAUGAGUAUCAGGAAGUAAAAAGUUUUGGAGAUUUGUUGUGUCGCCAAAAUUACUACUUUGGUGUUAAUAUUUAAACCACCGACAGACAGUUUUAUAUCGUAAAUAAAGAAAAACAGGCUGUACAGCGUGCGAGUACUACACACAAGCUGAAGUGGAGGAGUACCAGCUGAGACCAUGAACCGAGUCCCUCUGCAGCAGCCGCAGAGCUGUGGGUCCUGGGAGCUGAAGGAGCGGCUGGGCACUGGAGGCUUUGGGAAUGUCACAAGAUGGCAAAAUAAGGACACAGAGGAGCAGAUUGCUAUAAAGCAGUGUCGUCAGGAGCUGAGCGAGAGAAACAAAGACAGAUGGUGUCUGGAGACUGAGAUCAUGAAGAGGUUAGAUCAUAUCAACGUUGUUGCAGCAAGGGAGGUCCCAAAGGAAAUGCUGAAACUGGUGGCUCCCCAUCAACCGCCGCUGCUGGCUAUGGAGUACUGCCAGGGAGGAGACCUGAGGAAGUAUCUGAACCUCUUGGAGAACUGCUGUGGGAUGAGGGAGGGCUCCGUUCUGAUCCUGCUGUGUGACAUCUCCGCGGCUCUGACCUACCUCCACAAGAAGAGGAUCAUCCACAGAGACUUGAAACCAGAAAAUAUCGUGUUGCAGCAGGGAGGGAAGCGAUUGAUUCACAAGAUCAUUGACCUCGGCUACGCUAAAGAGUUGGACCAAAGCAGUCUCUGCACCUCAUUCGUGGGAACACUUCAGUACUUAGCUCCAGAGCUCAUAGAGAGACAGAAGUACACAGUCGCUGUGGACUACUGGAGCUUCGGGACUUUGGUGUUUGAGUGUAUCACUGGAUUUCGCCCUUUCUUACCAACCUGGCAACCUGUUCCUUGGCACAACAAAGUGAAACUGAAGCAGGAUGAGGAUAUCGUGGUCUAUGAGGACCUCUCAACAGAGGUGCGAUAUGGGAAACAUCUGCCCCAGCCCAACCACCUCAACAGUCUGUUACUAGAGAAACUAGAGAAGUGGCUGCAGCUGAUGUUGAAGUGGUCUCCUCAGGAGAGAGGCAAAGACCCUCAGUCCACACCCAGCGACUGCUUCUCACAGCUGGACAUCACACUGAAACUCAAGUUGGUUCACGUCCUGAACAUGAUGUCUGCUAAAAUCCUGACAUACUCCGUCUCUGAGGACGAGACGUUGGCAAACCUGCAGCUGAGGAUAGAAAAAGACACCAGCAUCCCUGCAGCCAAUCAGGAGCUGCUGCUGGAGGCGGGGUUAGCGCUGGAGCCACAAGGACUAGCCACGCAGUGCGCCAUAGAUUACACAGAGAUAGAUGGCAGACGGACAGACCUGCCUCUGGUCUUCCUGUUUGAUCGGUCCUCCUGUAGUUACGAACCUCAGUUUGCUCCUCGAACGCUGCCAGAAAACAUCCGCUUUGUUCAAAGCGACCCGAAGCACAUCCUGCCUUACAGCCCUCUGAGGAGGACUUGUGGCCAGGCAUGGCACACCAUCCGCUCUCUGAAGGAAGACUGGCAGAGACUGCAGCAGGGACAGAAAGCUGCCAUCAUGAGUCUGCUGAGACACAACUCCUCACUGUCCAAACAGAAGAAUGAGAUGGUCUCCAUGUAUCAGAGACUGAUGGCCAAGCUGGACUUCUUCACUACCAGCCUCCACAUAGACAUGGACAAAUACCAGGAGCAGACGGCCACCGGGAUCGCAUCAGAGAAACUCCUGGGCGUGUGGAGAGAGAUGGAGCAAACUGCUGUCAGCUGUGGUCAGGCCCAGGUAAGUGAACUGGAAGAGGAGAUGAUGCAUCUGCAGCAGGACAUAGUGGAUGUGCAGAGACAGCCGUGGAGGAGUGGGGAGGCCCUGGACACACUUGAAGGAAAGGCCAUGGAGCUGUUCCGCAAACUCAGAGAGAAACCCCGAGACCAAAGGUGUCCAGGGGACAGUCAGGAGGUGGUGCGUCUUGUCCUUCAGGCUGUGCAGUUCUAUGAGAAGAGACUCAGAGACUUCUACACACACCUCAGUAAGACCGCGGUGUGCCGUCAGCGUGUGAUGGAGCUGCUACCAAAGGUGGAGGGAGUGGUUCAGAGGAUGGCGGAGAGCGAGCAGAUCUUGAUGAGCCUGCAGGAGAAGAGACAGAGGGAGCUGUGGAACCUGCUCAAAGUCGCCUGUAGUAAAGUUCGCAGCCCCGUGAGUGGAAGUCCUGAUGGACUCCGGACCCCCUCUUCAGUGCCGCCUCUGAUGACACCAAGACACAGCCUGCAGCAGUUUGACGAGUCUCUGGUGGAGGAGAGCAGGACAUUUGAGAGUCGACUCCAGAGUCUGCUGAAUGACACCAUUCAGGAGUCAGAGAGCAGUGUGGAGAUGAUGAGCGAGUGGACGUGGCUGCAAGGAGGACAGAGCUUCUCCAGUGACCUCUCUUAAGUUGAUUUCUGUUCUCGGUUUACAUGUGGUACUCUACUGCCUCUGUGUGGACGGGAUGUUGAAUUACAGAAAGAGGAGGCAGUCGCUGGUUUGAGAAACAAUGUGAAUAGGUUAAAAAAGCUGGCACAUAUCUAUCUGCUUAACAAGAUGAGGGAGACGGUACUCAGCAGCACUGCUCUCUGAAAUAUAAAGCCAACCUAUAGAGCUAAUCUCAGGUUAGGAUUUACAUCAGAUUCACAGUUUGUUUUAUGUUUUUGAUUGAAUAAGCACAGCACAAUCAUUCUCUUGGUGUAAUUGAAAGUAGCAUACAAAGUAUUUUUAAAAAACCUUACUUCCAUUCCUACAAUGUUGAGGGAGCUUUUCUUGUAAAAUAAUGUUUAAAACUGAACCUCCUUUAAAAAAAAUAAUGACCUUAAAACAGCUGACACACCAAAGUGCACAUUUCUCCUCUAUUUCAGAAGUGAGAGUUUAAGCAUGUCAAUUUUUUUUACCAAAACUAUGACCAAACAUUUCUUGAGCGUUCUGAAACUAUAUACUUUAUGUUACAUUUCUUCCCUGUUUUAUCAUGAAAUUAAAGAUAAUAUUUCAAGAUUAAGGGUUUAAGUUCUGCUGUAUAGAAACCUCUGCCUUUAAUUAUUUGUUUUAAACCUAAAUGAUUUAUAAUGUUUCUUACAGGACCCUUGUUUGUAUUGGAGAUUUAAUUUUUUAAGAAAAUAAUUGAAUUAUGUUUAUAACUGAAAAAAGAGAGACUUUUUAACUGUACGCUGUAUGUUCGUGUGAAUGUGAUCUGUUUUUUAAUACCUUGUGACAAUUUCAUGGAGGUUUGGACAUCAGAAUAGAAGCAAGUGUAGAACAAGGUGCAGGUCAGCAUCAUUGUGUGAGAGGGACUGAAAACAACAACUCAAACAUAAUCUUCUUGUGAAGUUGAGUAGGUGAAAAAAUGAACUCUAUGAAGACAUGGAAACUGCUACUCCAAGCCACACUGUAGUGCUAGUGUAGAAUUAAAAUGCCAUUAUUUACAUGGCAAAAGCCAACAUGUUGUGGCCUACCGGGUCUUCAUCAGGGAGUGUUUUGAAGAGUUGUUGCAUUGUUCAUUUUUUAACUGAGUUUUUAUUUCCACCCAUACAACCAACCCUGUCAUUUGAAGAAAUGAGCAUAGAAAGCCUGAAGUAUCCAAUGAGCACCUUCAUGUGACUUAAUGCAAAGACCCAGUAGUGCCGCGACUCUCCUACAUAUUUUUUGACUCUUUUGACCUGGUGCAAUGUGGGGAUAAAAGUAGAUCAUUUAUGUGUUAUUGAAUAUUUGUCUGUUUUACUGAAUCUAUGCAAAUACAAGAAUGUAGUCAAAUUAAUGUUUUACUUUUAAACUGUGAAAAAGACUACGAAAGAAAUCGUAUUGACAUUUUAAUAUUUGAUAUUGACUUUACCACCAUUCUUUUUGAAUCAAGAUAAGAGUAUUAGAGAAAUUCAUACAGCUGCAUCAGGUACUGGAGGUAGUCUUGACUCUGUUUAGAUCACACACAUCCUACAUACUGUCAAGAGUCUGUCCUGUCUUAUCCAUUUGUGUACAUCCUCUUUGUAAAAACUAUAAAAAUAUCAGACUAAGAAAAUGUGAAAUAUUUCUGUGAGAAUUAACAAACUGAUGUUAGUGACAUUUUCUUGGGUUUAUUCCACUUUCUUGGGACCAGGUUCUUCACUCCUCUUCACCAUCAAUCAAAAUAAACAAAGAGAUUAAACAAAGAGA